AUGGCACUAAGAGCAUACUGGUCUGCGCAGGUGGCGACGACGCGGCUGCCACUCACGUUCUCACCGCGCACCGUGCUGAUGUACAGCGCGGUGGGCGGCGAGGGCGCGGUGGCAUUGCAGCUCAGAGAGGCAGCCCCCGGUGAGCUGGACGCGGCGCGGCUGCACGACGACAGGCUUGCCAUCGCCUGCCACGAGCCGGAGCUGCUGGCGGACCUGCUGCACGCCGCCGCCGAAAUCGAUGGUGACCACGAAGGCCUGACAGCGAUAUUCGGAUCGGCUUCACCCGACCUGGCUCUUGCUUCCGACGCCUCAGACAGCCUGCCAAUGCCCGACCACGAUAAUGACUGCACAACAUCGUCUUCCUCGAGCGUGGUUGGCGGAAUCACGACAGUCUCCGUGGCUGUGACAGGGCUGGACUCGCGGCCGCUCUCUGCGAAGAAGGUGCGCCCAAAGCCAGCGUCACCCAACCGCCAAGGCCCACAGCAGUGCCAGGUGUGCAACAAAGUUUUCGGCAACGCGUCCGCUCUGGCGAAACACAAGCUGACACACAGCGAUGAGCGCAAGUACGUGUGCCUAACUUGCGCGAAAGCCUUCAAGAGGCAAGACCAUCUCAAUGGGCACAUGCUGACGCACCGUAACAAGAAGCCAUACGAGUGUAAGGCAGAUGGUUGUGGCAAGUCUUACUGUGACGCUCGUUCCCUUCGCCGGCACACCGAAAAUCACCACCAGCCUCCGCCGGACUCCAGCGGGAGUGGCAGCAACAAUGCGAAUUCUGGCAACACCGAACGGGAACCUAAUUCGAUUCGAGCGGCAUCACCUACUUCACCGUUGCGCAACAACCCUUUGCAUUCAGAGUUAAGCAAUGGCUCGGAGAAAUCGAGUGGGACAAGUACAAGCGGUAGCGGGAGCGGAAGUGGGGGUGGAAGUGACAGCAGCCCGCCUUGCACGCCACCAGCCACCACCACUCCACCCGCGCGCGUGACCAAAAAGAGCAACGUCAGCAAACCAAAAAUUUGCAACAACGCGCAGCAGGGGAGCCAAAAAUGUGGCGGUGGCAACAGUGCGAGCGGAACGACCAACGCAGCGGGGAGCGGAGCGGGUAGUAGUGCGGUUACGGCCGUGGCGCGAACAAGCGACAUAAAACCUGUCGAAUGCAACCUAUGCCAUCGCAAAUUCAAAAAUAUACCCGCCUUGAACGGACACAUGCGCUUACACGGCGGGUAUUUCAAAAAAGACUCCGACAACAAGAAAUUGGAUAAGAAGGAAUCAUCCGGGCCCCCACUGCAAACUGCUUCGGUAUCAGUGCGUGCGCUCAUCGAAGAGAAAAUCAUCAGCCGGCGAGGGGCUGCCGCUUCAUCAGCACCAACAGGUACCAGUACGGACAACGCAGCCACCAGAGCAGGGUUUAUCGCUCCAGCGCCACCUCCGUUGUCAACAAUUCGUACGUCUGCGUCGCCAGCCUCUCCAAUAACAGCAACACAAUUCGUGCAACCACGCGCGCCUUCCCUUGUAGUCGCGACUAAUAUUCCAAACAACAAUCUGUCCACAAGAGAUUCUACUCUCAUAGAAUUGUUAAAGAAAGGCAGUUCUAAGGUUGUUAAAAGGUCCACGUCCGACCCCGGUCAGUCGUCACCGCAUCAAGAGUUCACUUUCCGGCCGGAAUUGUUUGGAGUGUCGUUCAAUUCCGACGAUGGUUACUUUUCACCGGCCCUCAACGACGACACGUUUCAAUUUGCGACCACGCCCGAACAACUAGAAGAGCUCGCGUCUUUGGAAGAUUAUGCGACCGUAGCAGCAUCUAUUCGAGAACGAUCGCCUGUAACUUUUCCGUCAAGUCGUCGACUGGCGGCCGUUUUAAACUCCCCUUUGCCCGAAUCCUUAGCAGAUUUUGGGGCAAGCCAUGGGGGAUCUCCUGUACCGUCGCCGGGAAUUGGCUACGCAGACAGCUCACCAUGUCUAUCUUACUCGACCGGAGACUCUCCGGGAAUCGCCUACAGUGCUACCUCUCCCGGUGGAAACUAUUCAACGCAGCCUCAGCCAUCACCUGGAUUAGCAUAUCCGACGCCUCCAGCAUCGCACGAUGCUCAGUCACCUUCAAACACCGUCCCCCGUGCCUCAUCACCAUUGUCUGCUGCUUUCUUUACAGCUACAAUGUCUAGCCAAGAAGAGGUCGAGGAAGCAUUGGAAGAAGUGCUACCCGAAGAAUGCAGAUCAUUAGAUGCUUAUGCGUUGGAACCAUCUCCCGCACACCGCCGCAUUAUGCUGAAUUCCGAAGACCCACUACUUUCGAGCAGUCCUCGAGAUUUUUCACACCAACGGCUUUUUCGUCGACAUCGAAUAGCAAAUAUGUGCACGCCCAUGCAUCAAUGGCAGCAAGACUCUUCCUUACAGGUGUGCGUCGAAGGCAGAGAUGUGGUGCCAGCAGUUUUUUUGAGCCCAAGCAGUGUCCCAGCAUCGCCACAGCGACGUAAACGUCGCGGAUCUCCCGCGGGACCUUACCGUACUCGCAUGCGGCGCUCCAUUAACCAUUACACACCACAACCUAUACUGCCUCCCGAUAGAGAUGGUUCCGGCCUCCUGGUCCAAGUGAUGCAGGGAUUGUCAAAAGCGGACAGCGAUGUAAUGGCGCAGCUGGAAGAGCCCCGCACACCGCAAAUCAAUGUAGGGAUCGACCAUCAAGCAAAUAUACCGGAGCUUUGCAACGAUCGUGUAGACUUGCACAGAGCACCGGAGCAAUUGCUUUGGGACCCGGGUAUCAACGAUGCCCUUGACGACAAUGAGGUACGCAUGUUCAUGGAGCUGGCGAUGUGCGCGGCGAUGCCGGUGGGCGGUCACACGCGAGAGUUCGCCCUCCAGACCCUGGGGGAGUGCGGAGGGGACAUCAGGGCUGCGACCCUGCGCCUCAUGUCCCGGCCGGCCGCCCCGUCCCAACACGAAUCACGAUGGACACCAGACGAAGUAGAGGCCUUCUUAGCCGGGCUCGGGCACUAUGACAAGGACUUCUACAGAAUCUCCCAACUGAUACGAACGAAAGACUCUAAGCAAUGCGUGCAGUUCUACUAUUUCUGGAAGAAAGUGACCAAAGACUACAAACCACUGUAUUUGCGAAGCUGGAGCACGGACCCGCAAGCCUCGUCACAAGGAUCGGUAGGGCAGAUUUCAAUACAAGGCCCCACUUCCUGUCCAUCGCCGACUCCAUUCGAUGGGGAGGAAUACCCUUGCAAGAUAUGCGGGAAAGUAUUUAACAAAGUAAAAAGUCGUAGCGCGCACAUGAAGUCGCACCGGCCUCUCGACGCCGAGCCGAAAAGGCCAAAACUCGAAAAGCCUUAUGAAAAGGUAGAGAAAGCCGAUAACAGGGCUCACGCGGCCACUGAAUGUUACAGCAAAACCGCAUUG